CCACCUAUUACAGCACAGUGUGGAGGUCGUGGAUUGGAGGGUAACAGGACACGCCUUCAGACGGGCGGAAGUGUUGUGCUGGGAAGGAACAUAGCAUUAAUGAGGAUGCUUGAGAGCCUAGAUUCUCCGGAGGUGGUAUCCAGUAAGGACAUGUGGGCGGAGAUUUGCCCCUGUAGUCCAGACGUCCAGGAAGUGAACCUAUCGGGCACCUUUUCAGACUCCUUCCUGGGUCCUCUUCCUAGUGACAUUCCUCAGAAUGCUGACUCAUCUUACUCCCCAAAACCCUGGGCUCCAUUACAAGAUUCUGAAAUGUACUUGGCAACUUUAGAACGCAGGUUGCAGAAAAUUAAAGGUCAGACUUCUGAAGUGACAUCCAAGGACAUGUUGCUAUCGCUAGGGAAAGCAAAAAAGGAAUGCUGGGACAGAUUUUUACAGGAAUCCUCAGAAACCGAAGCUUAUAUUGAAGCAGGUGACGUGGACAAUAGCAAGCUAGAACAUUUGAAGAGGUGGCUGCAGCCAGAGAAAGUGGCGAUAAAUGCAGAGGAGGUGCAGUGUCUAAUACCUGGAGAAUUUCCGUUGAUAAAUGGCGAAAAUGAGCAGGACUCUUCUUCUGUUGAACAGUGAGAUCCUCUGUGCUGCUGGUACCCAGCUAUGUAUCUUACGUUCCAUAUAGUUGAGUAGUUGGUAAAGGGACUGUAUAUACUUACACAUAAAACUUUCAGCUCAGACAACGUAAUCAACAAAAAAUGUAACGCAAUAUAAUUCAAUGUAAUAAAGUCUAGGCUACAUUUGUAUUUUUACAUUUGAUUUGUUUUACAUUAUAUUUAAAGGCUAUGUACACCUUUUUUUAUUAUUGCAUUGCACUCAUUUUCAGCUAAAAAUCUUUUUUUAAUUGGUCUUAUUAAACAUUUGGAGCCCCUUUCUCUGUACAGCCUUGAGAUUCUCUAGCACCAGGCUCUGUGUUUAUAUGGUUUUCCAUCAGGCAGCUCAGCUGAGGGCGCCUUAUCUCCUAACAUCAUAAACACUCAUGGAUCAGUUCUUAUCUUGCUGAUAAAAUUAUGGUUUAAAUAAGUGUUUAUAAGCUGUUACUAGUUCAUAGAUAAGGGGUCACGGGGCAAGCAGAUAAUGGCUCAAAGUGAAUGUGAAAGUAAGGUACUCACAGGCAAAUGGUUAACCCUACAUGGCAAAAACUGCAGAAUAUUUUAAUGAA